CACCGGCCACUCUGGCAGCCUGCGUAACAGUAACGCAACCGCGUCACAGAAGGACAUUGACGUAAAGAAGUGACAUCGGGAUCAGCGAGUUUCCGGCUGGGCCGCAUAAAAGCAGCUGGCCAGGUACACCAGCAACCCACACCGCCUUGGUUGUCCGACUUCAAAAGGGGAAGUUCCCCAGUUGUCUCACGCGCUGCCCCCUGGAUAAGCUCUCUGCCCUGUUCGAAGGAACAUGACGAACCAAGUUGUGGCCAUCUUCGCGAUACUCUGCUUCACCUCCGCCGCCGUGAGCGCUAACGCUGAUUUGGACCGCGUCGUCGAGCAACUGAAGUCUUUGGUGCGAGAUUUUGUGACUGAGGAGGACAAGGCACAGGAGUACCUGAGCAAGAUUGACAGUGGGAGCCAAUGCCUCUCCGUCGCCAAGGACAUGAACCCGGAAAUCGUCAAGCAGAUCGCCAAGGUAGCCAUGCCCACAAUCAUGGAGUGCGGAAGCCAAUUUAUCAGGAUAAGGGAACCUCAGGAAAGGGCCGAUAAGAUCAAGGACUGCUUAGUAGAAAAGGCGAACAACUUCAAGCAAUCCAGUGGAAUGACGCCCGAGGAAAUGAAGAUGUUCGAUGACGCUUCGGCAUGCAUCCAAGAGCAAGCCAAGGGAGUAGUUUAGCCUGUAUUGUCAUUAACGAUAGUCGAUAAACCGCUGCGUGCUGUACCGGGCGCCAUGACGCCUCAACCAGCCUUCCUGAUUGCAGAACAAAAUAAAAUGUUGAAGAAAAUGAAUGAA